ACAGCCCCAUCCUCCGCCCUGGUCCUGCUCCCGAUCCCGAUCCUGCUCUGGCUGCUCACACUUUGUAAGCGAAAGUUGCCUUUGAUCCGCGACCCGAUUCUUUGCUGUGUUUUAUAAAACCACAGUAACUUUCGGCUGAUUGUGAACCGGCUGUGAGUGAGUUUAUUAUAGUUUUACCAGAGGGAAUAAUGUCCUUUCGCUGCUGAUCAUCUCCGCUGACGGACCUCACAGCCUCUGCCUCGGUGCUGCUCAGUGAAAGAUUAUAUCAGUGUUGAGAUCUGCAGCCAAGAUGCUGUUAAAGGGUUCCUUCCUCGGUCGUCUGAGACACUUCAUAGACAUCAUUGACCCCAGCACCCUGUUUGUGUCCGAGAAACAUUUGAAAGAAUGCAUCAAACUCCUUGAUGAUUAUAAACAUGGCACGGUUCCACCUGGAGUGUCUGAUCUUCAGCUGUGGGAAGCCCAGAAGAUCAAGCAGGCCAUCAUUCAUCCUGACACAGGAGAGAAGAUCUUCAUGCCAUUUCGAAUGUCAGGUUAUGUGCCAUUUGGAACACCAAUUGUCAUUGGCCUUCUCCUCCCAAAUCAGACUGUGGUGUCUACCAUUAUAUGGCAGUGGCUGAACCAGAGUCACAAUGCUUGUGUGAACUAUGCCAACCGCAACGCCACAAAGCCUACGCCAACAUCCAAGUUUCUUCAAGGCUAUGUAGGAGCUGUGACUAGUGCUGUCUCCAUUGCAGUGGGGUUGAAUGUGCUGAUUCAGAAGGCCAACAAGUUGAGCCCUGCCACCAGAAUGAUAAUACAGAGAUUUGUCCCAUUCCCAGCUGUUGCCUGUGCAAACAUCUGUAACGUGGGUCUGAUGAGACACAAUGAGCUGUCUGAAGGUAUUGAUGUGCUGGACAACAAUGGGAACGUGGUGGGAUCCUCCAGAAUCGCUGCAAGACAUGCAAUCAUGGAGACCGCCUUCACACGUGUGGUCCUCCCGAUGCCGAUCUUUGUCCUGCCCCCCAUCAUCAUGUCCUACCUAGAGAGGUUGCGAUUCCUGCAGAGCAACCGUAGAUUGUUGCUGCCGAUCCACAGCUUUGUGUGCCUGGUUACCUUCGGCCUAUCCCUGCCUGUGGCCAUCAGCCUGUUCCCACAGAUGUCUCAGAUUGAAGUGUCUUGCCUUGAGCCGGAGAUCGCCAUGGCAACAGACUGCAAAGUGGUGACCUACAACAAGGGUUUAUGAUGGAUGGCAUGGUGUGGGAGAGGAGAGGACAGGGCAGGGAACGAGGAUGGAAAUGACUCUGCAUCGUGAAUGUCAGGGAGAACUUACUGUAGGGUUCCUCCUGUCGACAGGUUUGGGGACUGUCUGCUGCAGUGUCACAGCAGAGCCUGUAGAUCAUCAUGUACUAACCCAGGGUUUCUAGACCUUUUUGUUUUUUACACAUCAUGAUCCUAGCAAUUACUAAGUAGCGGUUUCUUCUAAAAAUGGGACAGAUUUUUUUCUGUCCUUGCUGUUUUCAAGAACAAGGAAGCAACUCUGUGUGUAGAACAAAUUUUACUGUAAAAUUUGUUUUUUAAGCAGUACAUUAAUUACAAUACAGUGUUUCCAAGUAUAGUUAUGGCUGCCAAAGUAUAUUUUGAGCCAUUUUAACAAUGUCAAAGGUUCAUAAAUAGUGUUUAGAUGCAAUAACUGACUUUUUGUCCACUUGAGGGGAGUGGAAGCAAACUGUAAUGAUAUAAGAUCACCUUUUGAUGUGACGAACCUUGUGAAAUUGCAAACUUUGUUGCAAACAGUUGCCUCUUAACACACCUAUGAGAUACAGAGCAAAAAAAGUAACUUUGUUUUCAGUCUCCACCAACAUCUGAGAGAAACAUUUAGCUCUUCAGCUGCUAAAUUCUCCUGUGUUAACCAGCUAGUUGCUGACAUUUGUUUCUCAUUUACUGCUGAGCAGCCAGAGUACAGUGGGUUUAUCACAGCUUUUCUGCUGAGAACAGCUGCCAGCUGCAGCCAGAAACAAUGCUGAUUACGGUGGUGAGAUUGAGCCAAAACAGUAAAGCUGUCACCUGGAAACAAAAACAAACAAACAAAAAAACGUGGGGUGAAGGAGGCUAUAAAGCUGUGUAGAGCUGAGGGGAACUUUGGAGUUGAGUGGUACCACUUUUUUGUUCUCUGUUUUGCUUGAUACUUUUUUUAAUAGUGUGGCAGGGGUCAAAUAUUCUAGUUCAAAAGGAAAACACAAAGAUUAGAGGCUGGUUUGAAAAAGAAAAACAAUUAUGUGUAGCUGAUUUUCCAUCCUGCUAAUUGUCUUGCUGUCCCUCAGAUAAAUUGUACGAUCUCUUGCAUGGGUCCUGACUAGGAGUGGUGAAAAAAAAAACGAUUUAUCGUGAUUAUAUUAUGGACGAUUAUGAGUCGAUUAUUAAAUUUCCGAAGAUCGAUAUUUUUUUUGUAAUAUGCAGCAAGGACUCCUCCAGUUACUGGCUGUCAUACAAGAUUUAACCACAAGGCGGAGCUGGUGACUAACAGUCAUAACAAAACACCCUGUAACAGAGGCAGUGAGUGGGCUUACUAUGCUAGCGAGAGCAAGGUGGGAGUUGUAGGUUUCCGCGGUGAGGAUUACUUCUGCGUUCAAAAAGUUGCAGUUCCACGGCUACCGCUGGGGACUGGCUCCAGAAGUGAGCAAUUCUCCAUUGAUCCCCAUGUUAAAAUAGCCAACUUUACAGGCUAAAAAAACAUAUGCCUGGUACAUUUUUUGUCGCUAUUGAUGGUU